GGAUCUGCUCAUGAUCAAAAGGAAGCUGCUAUCCAGCUGUUUCAGCAGCACAACUACGAAGAAGCGUUGAAAUUAUUUAAGCUGGCCCUCUUGCUUCAUCCUGAAGAUAGUUCUGCUUCGAAGUUCAGACGUUCUGUGGAGAGCCAUCAGGCAGCUGCUUAUUUCAAAUUAAGGCAGUACAGGAAAGCGCUUGAGGUUGGAGAGACGUCUUACAGGUCAAAUUCAUCUCUAAAAUCGACGGUGAGAUCAAGAAUAACAAGUAUUCUAGUGGAACCGAACCUCCAGUCUCGUACCUCAGGGGCGGAUCCAGGAUUUUUUUAGGAGGGGGUGCACUCGUCUCAACACUUCAACACCGAUAAAUCACAUAGUUUUUUUUAAUUUUUUUGCAGAAUACCAAUUUUAUUAGAAAACCGCAGGUCAUCCCGGGGGGGGGGGGGUGCGCACUAUCUGCACCCUUCCCCUAGAUCCGCCCCUGUACCUAGAUCACCCACGGUGUUUAGACAAACUGAACCGAGUGCGAUGAGAUUACAAAGAGCCCAAAACUACUUAAAUGUUUACUUUAGGGCGAAAGACUAUAAAGGGUCGCUCUGAACAGAGUAUGUUCUUGGUGUAUUUCUUGGAUCCUGUUUUUAUAGACCGGCAUGUUUGAUGUUUUGAGUCGCGGACAAUAUAGACCCCGGUCAGUCUAAAGACUAAACAGGAAAGUUUCAUUUCUUUUUAGAAAACUCUUAGAGCGUUUGUUGAUAAGAACGAUAAUAUGCCACUGCGAACUGCAAAUGCGUAUGUGGCGAACUCUGGCAAAACUGGGUGUUGCACUCUAGUUGAGAGCUGCCGGUCGCAUUUUGUUACAACGGCACAAUAGAAUAUUCAGAGUACGUGUAGGAGUCUUGCACUAGAGCCCGUAGCUUUUUCUCUGAUUAAAGAGUCCGUCAAACUUACUUCUCUCGUUGAAAAAACAACCGUACGUUUGCACGGGAAUACGCUGAGUAGGCAAAUUUUCGACAAACUGCACGUGGAAAUUGCGCACAAACGUAAAGUGUACAUGAAGCGUUGAUUACCUAAUGAAUAUUAUGGUAUUUUUUGCAAUGCUUAUGCGUGUUGCGUAUUGUUUUUUCUACAGGAAGAAGCAAAAAGGUGGAAAGAAAGAGGCAAUCAUCUCUCGAGGGAACCCGAUUCAGUGGAGCUAGCGAUCGCUUACUAUUCACUUGCACUUAGUUACACUCCACCAAAUGAAAGAGAUCUUAAAGCGACCAUUCUUUCAAACCGAUCUUUGAUGUACAAAAAGACAGGAAAAGAUGAGGAGGCGCUCCGUGAUGCCCAGCAGUGCGUGCAAAACAAUCCCAAUUGGGCAAAGGUAACUAAAUCAUAAGGCUCUCUUUUUUAUUUAAUUUGGCAAGCCACGGCACACCGAAUGUCGCAGGGGGAAAAGUGUUGCGAUUUGUUUCCAUUCGUGAAAAAUUUCGGGUUUGUUUCGGUGUACUGAAGAACCUGUACUUUUUCUUUGUUUCGCACCUUAUUUCUUACUUCUUACAUGACUCCGAGGCUCUAUGGACAAAAUUGGCAAAUUUUUCACGACUCCAUUCUCUCGCAAUUCCCAGAAAAGACUUGAGCUCAAAGGAAAGCGAAUCAAAUACAGAAAUACCGUAAAAUUCCGAAAAUAAGCCCCUCCAGAUGAGCCCCUCAAACUCGUAACGAGGGGGACAUGGGGGUUUACGGUAUUGCGGUAUUGGGCUUUUUUUCAUGCGGUAUUUCGGUAAUUUUAAUUUUAACGUGCGGUAUUGCGGUAUCAUCUAGCUCUGCGGUAUGCGGUUUUUCAUCAUUUUGACUGACGGUAUUCGGUGAAAUAAGAUUGUUCACGGUAUUACGGUACCGUUUAUUUGCGCUUUCCUUUCGAUACAAUACGCAAAACAAAACACAGUAAGACAUAAAGGUCAAUAAAAGUUAAUAUUUAGAAGUCUUGAGACAUAACGGUAAAUGAUUACACCAUUUGUGGGUCAUUUUGUGACAGUUAAUGGUCGAUAAUAUACAAUGUGAUUGUUGUUGCAUCCAAUCAUAAUGAGUCGUCUUAAGUUACCUUACCAGGCUUGUCGAUCUGUGUACCUGCGCCGGUAAUUCGAGGUCUUAAACGUUUUCUCACAAUGUCUGAGGUCUCUGAGGUUGAAGACGGCGUGGUCAUCAUUGACUGUGUGGCAAUUUUUUAUGAAGAGGGCGAAGGAGGCGAACAUUAUCGCAACAAGAAUAAGUUUAGAUGAUGGGUUUCGAGAAUUGAAAAACGCCUUGUAAAGUACAAAGCGAAAAUUUGGUAAGUUUGCUUCUUAACAGCGCGGCGUCAUCCUCGGAGACCCGGGGCAGAUAAAGGGGGCGAGGGAAAGUCUAAACGGGCGGAAAAAUAUAUAUGGAACGAAGAAAAGUAAAGAACGGCGAGAAGAGCCCCUGGGACAAUGUCUUACCAGACCAGUUCCAAACCGUCGCCGCCGUUCUGGCUUCUGAUUGGUGCCAGUGUUUUUCUGGCACCAAUCAGAAGCCAAAACGGCGGCGACCGUUUGGAACUGGUCUGGUAAGACAUUGUCCCAGGGGCUCUUCUCGCCGUUCUUUACUUUUCUUCGUUCCAUAUAUAUUUUUCCGCCCGUUUAGACUUUCCCUCGUCCCCACUAUCUGCCCCUGGGUCUCCGAGGAUGGCGCGGCGUCUGAUCUGACCCCUGAGAGACUGACGUGCUAGACUAGACUCACUUUAUAUCAAAACUCGCACUAGACGUGCGUGAAAGGGUUUUGGUUGGUUUGUUUUUCGCGCUUUCAAGAGUUAUUUUUAUUGGAGUUAAUUAGCUGUUGGGUCGAAAUACCAAAAGGCUGAACGAAUGUAGUUUAUUUUUCAGUGAAAAUUUGCGGAAAAUUGCGAACUACCAAAAUAUUUUAAAAAAACAUGGACAUCUGGUGCAUAAAUGCCUGAGAUAAUUAAACGCGCUAGAUGGAAGCAACCAUAACUAUGCGCAACCGAUUAUAAAUGUGAUUAAAAUAUGCGGUAUCGGUAUUUAGACGAUUUUCGACGCGGUAUUUCGGUAUCUGCCAUUUUUUCUUACGGUAUUGCGGUAUUGGGUACCCCCCAAUGUCCCCCUCCGUAACGCAAAAAACCCACCGUUAAAUCGCCCCACCAGAUAUAAGGCGCCCGGGGGCUUGUGCUUGGAAAAUUGCCCUCAAAUACAAAGUAAAACAAAGCCAAAACGGUAAAUUUACUUCCAACUAUAAGGCUAGACCAAUCGAUUUUGAAACGCAAAUUUCCCUCCGUAUAAAAGCCCUUCCAAAAAUAAGCCCCUCAAAAAGGGCCUUUGAAAAAUAUAAGCCCCGAGGCUUAUUUUCAGAAUUUUACGGUAUGACCAGAAAGCCUCAGAGCCAUCCUAGAAUUUUAAUAUAUCGAACGUGGGCUAUUAAUAUGCAGUGAGCUUAAUACACGUGUCACUGUAAUUCGUUUGGAAUCAUUUUCUUGCAGCCUUAACUUAUUGAUUCCUCAACCGAUUAAGGUGUAACUUUGGUGUAUGACACAAGUGGAUAUGCUUGUUCAAGGUAACUGUACUCUUUGCCUUUUCAUUUUCGCAUGCUUUAUUUAGGCCCAAUACCGUCUAGGAUCGUGUCUUUUUGCUCGCGAAAGAUUUAAAGAAGCUUUGGACGCGUUCUCAAGAUCUUUGCAUUCACUACUGAACGACUCCUCAAGCUCAGAGAAAGACAGAAUGACCACUUUGAAUCAACUUUUGCAAGUGGCAUUAAAACACCCAGGUAUUUUUGUUUAGUUUAUUUACUUCAUUAACAUGCGCUUCUUGUUUUGAAAACGAGGUACAAAAAUGUUUAUUUUGAAUUAUUGGCUUAACCUAAGCCGAUUUUAGAGGGAUUUGUACAAUUUGGAAAUGGGUCUUGUUUCAUCGUGUUCUUUCUGGAUAUUCCAACCUAUCCCAUAAUUUCACAAUUUAGUUUUUGUGACGUCAUCUCUUCUGGUCUCAAUGUCAAAAUCAUUGAUCUGACAGACAGCAGCACAUAUUACGGAAACAUUUCGAAAGAAUUCAUCUUCCAAACCAUGGAAACGUAGAGCCUCACACACACGAGAUUUAUGUAUUCAAUAUUGUGAAGCACACGUUUUAGUCAGCUUGUGCUCUUGAAACGUCCAACUUUUCGUAAGCCAGGUAAUGAAAUCAUACCACCUAUCUUUAGGUGGCACAUCUGGUAUCCACUACAGCGUUCCUCGAAACCUACUCCAAACAGUAAUCACUGAGGCUGUGGAUGAUAAAGACUGGUACCGACUUCAUCUUCUCUUCAUGGGCGGUGGAGGAGAAAAACGUUUUCAGAAAGGCUCAGGGGGCCUGGGAACUGGCUGCGACGCAAGUAGUGUUCCCUUGGAAGAAGUCAUUCACUGCGAUUUCAAAGAUCUUACAGACUUUAUAAGCGUCUUAUUGGAUCACAAAGCCAGCUGUGAUCCUCCAAAGGGGCGCGAAAAUCCUGUUGAUGUUGCCAUUCAAUUGCGCAAAUUUGAUGUUGUGAAUAUUCUGAUGAACAGAUGCAAAAAAGCAGGGCCGUUCCGCGAGACAACCAGCACAAGUAAACCCGUUAAGGUAUGAAUGAACAUGAGAAGCGACUUUUUUCUGCGAACCUGCAUAGAUUCAUUGGAUUGUCUCAGUUAAAAAUCUCUGUGAAGGUUUAUAAGCGGCGUCACACGCUCCAAGGAAUCGGAGUUUGAAGGAUCCCAACGUUAAAAAUUUUAAUUCUUACUAUGCAUACAACUUACCGCUUACGAUCUCGUGAAAACCAGGCUUCUGUAGUAACAAGUAGAAUCGGAAAAAUAAUUCAGUCACAUCACUGGUUAUCACAUUGAUAUUCCUCCCACUUUAUUUUUUCAGCGAACGUUCAAGGCCGAUGCUUUGGAAGCUAUACGUAAGGACGACAAUGGCAAAGCAAUUGAACUGUUAAAGCUGUCUUUAAAACACGACAAAAGCGGCAUUGAAGAAGAACGCAAAACGCUUAAGAGUUUGUGCGAGUUGUACUUUAGAGAGGCCUCGUUCAAGGAAUGUCUCGAAACAGGAAAGAAGUUAAAAUCUACUUUCUGGGGAGAGAAAAGUGAGGAUAAUAAUUCCUUCAGGGUAAGUUCAUCAUCAGCACCAUGGCCACCAUCAUCUUCAAAUUCACCAUCACCGUCAUCAUCAUCGUCAUGAUUAUCGUCGUCAUCAUCAUCAUCAUCAUCAUUAUCGGCCUCGUCAUCAUUAUUAUCAUCAUCGUCGUCAUCAUCAUUAUCAUCAUCGUCAUAGUCAGCGUCAUCAGCAUCUUCAUCAUCAUCAUCAUCAUUAUCAUCAUCAUUAUCAUCAUCAUCAUCGUCAUCAUCAUCGUCAUCAUCUUGUAUCUGUACUGUGCAUGCGGUAGCUCCGCUUUGCUUGCGUGUAAUUGUUAUGGAUGCUUUUUUGUCUUUUGCUAGAUCGAACAAGCUAAGCAAUGGAAAAAAUGGGGCAACGAGCUUCACAAGGAAAGCAAAUACGAGUUCAUGGCUGAGUUCUACAGUCUUGCUUUGGCGUUCACACCGCUAUCAAACAAGGAGAUAAUGACAGCUCUCCUCUCUAACCGAUGUUUGGCGUUUAAUAAGUUGGAAAAGUUCAAAGAAGCUUUAGCAGACGCAGAAGAAUGCAUCAAAAUUAAGCCUGAAUGGUUCAGGGUGAGUCGCCUUUUUAGCUUUGAAAAUGUUCACAAAUCUCAAAGACCAUUAGUAUAGGUAAUAGCAAGAUUUGUAGUGAUAUUUGGCAUAAAUACCACAAGUGAUAUUUCAAAAUUGUUAUACAUAAUUUCACGAGCCGUUAGGCGAGUGAAAUUUGAGACAACUUUGAAAUAUCUCGAGUGGUAUUUAUGCCAAAUAUCACGUACAAAUCAUGCUAUUAUUUGUUUAUACUACUACCCACAAAAGGGUUGUAAUUUUCACAUGUAGGUAUUUCAAAUGAAGCUGAAAUACCAUUGCUCUAAGCCAAUCAAAUUGCAGAAAUUUCUCAUGUAGUAAUAUAAAAUAAGAAAUAAAAGGUAUGGGUACAGAUCUAGAUGCGAUAUGACUGAUGUCGUGCUGUUUAGUCAUCUCUGUGCUCGUCUUGAAAAUGGUUAAAUCUUGGGAGUGUUUUAUUGAAGUGCAAAAAGUUUCAAGGUGCAUUAUGUGUUGAUGAUAUAGAGGCUUCUAGGUAAAUCUCACACGCCCUUCCCAUAAUUGUUACUUCUGUAAACCUAUCUUGCUCCAUUUUUUUUCUGUUAGGGACAUUCGCGUCAGGGAACUUGCCUAUGUCACCUAAAACGAAAGGAAGAAGCUCUUGAAGCGUUCUGUAAAGCACAUACCUACGCUUUAACUGAGAAAGACAAAAAUGCCACUGCCGAUGACGUAAUUUCCGUCGCUAUGGACAUAGAAGGUUGGUGACCUGCCUUGGACCUUUCCAAAUAGACAACCGUGACAAGAAGCUGCUGAUACAAUAACGAUAUCUAACAAUAAAAGCAAUAAAUUGAGAUCCGUUCACACACACAGUAGGUGUAAAUCUAUACGUUCAACGAGAAACGCCUAAUGCUCUUAGACUGGUUGGCUAUUUGUACAUGUGUCACCAAGCAAUUCUUCUUUUUCCUGUUUUUGAGUUGAACCGAGAUUGGUGGUCAUAAGCUCGUGACUUGUUUUUUAAAAAGCAUCAGAAGUAUUAUUAUUAGUAUUUAUUCUACCCCCUCAACUAGACAAUCUUUCUUUCUAUUAGACUACUUCUCUUUCAAAGGUUCUAAUAAAGGCUCACACAGCCUUUUUCCCUUUGAGAUUAACCUCGUAUAGUCGACCAGUUCUUGCACCAACCCACUCACGGUCUCUUCUGAGGCUGGCAAACGAACCUUACUAUUCCAACAGGAAUCAUAUAUUUUCAUAGUUUUUUCCUCCUUCGUGACAAUUUUCUGGGGGUCCAAGAUGCAGUGGUUAUGUCCAAGCCAUUGGAUACUCCGCAUAACAAGUCAUACCACCUUGCCUGGGUAUGAAUGGCAGACAUUUCCCUCGAAAAUAACCGACACAUAUGGGAAAGUAACCGCAUGUUUCUGUUUAGUUGCAGAUAGA